AUGAGAGCCAAGAAAGAUCUUCACAAAUUGUUCGCUCACUUUUUUUUAAUACUUGUCUAUUGUUUACUUGGAGCUGUUAUUUUCUAUGCGAUCGAGCAUAAAGGAUUUUACAAAAAGGAGCUUGCCAGAAAGAGACGGCUGUAUAAUAAAACCAAAGCUGAAAUUUUGAUUAGAUUUGGCCUAAAUGAAUCGGAAUUUGAGACACUUGUAGAAAACGUUGUUGACGCUCGAUCGCCUACACCAUCCGAGUGGACAUUUUUGAGAGGAAUUGAUUUAUGCUGGCAAACUGUCACAACUAUAGGAUACGGCAACAAGACACCUAGGUCACUUACUGGUCAACUGUUUAUCAUACCUUUCGCUUCUAUUGGAAUCCCGCUCACAGUGUGUAUGUUAAAUAGUAUUGGUCAAAAUAUUUGUUAUUUCGUUGAGUUGCUUGUGAAGUUGAUAGAGAAAAAAUUACGGAGGAAAGAUACUAUUGAGUUUCUCAAGGUUAAGUUAAUGUUUUCUGUCUUUCUGCUUGUUCUUCUUCUUGUUGUCAUGGCUGUUGUGAGUAUUUUUGGGGAAAAAUGGAGUUUUGGAAAAGGUAUUUAUGUUUGGUUCGUAACAUUCACUACCAUUGGUUUUGGAGAUUUUAUACCUGGAAAUGCAUCUGAUUCCAAAGAUACUGGAAUGGCCAUUGUGUAUCGAUGUGCGGGUGUUCUGCUAGGUCUUAGCUUGGUGUCCACGCUUUUUAAUGCAUUCAUAGAUUUUUAGAGGAGAAGCAGGGAAACGCCAAUUCGAAAUCUAUGGUUGGAUAUCUUAUGUCUGCCUUUUGCUAUCGUAAAAGAGCAACCGAUAUUGUCAAUGAUGAAAAAGGAGCAAGGGAAUUGGCAGAGAGCAUAACACAAACAAACGCUCAUUAACAAUAUCCUCAUAUUGCGUGGAUAGCGGUAAAGUGCGGCGUCUCGCUUUUAUUUGAAGUUGAAUAUAUGUCGUAUUAGCAGUCAAGGAUUUUUGUGAUACGUAUUUUCUGAGUAAACUGUAAAAUUAAUUAAUCCAUGAAAAAACGAGAAACGUGGAAUAUUAUUCACUGAAAUAACAUAAGUAAAUUUAUUGCAGUUUGUCAUAAAAUGGUUGACCAAAUUCUUUAUGAAAUCAUUAACAACCUUUUUUUCAUGAAAACAUAUAAAUGAACAUUUGUAAAAGUAAUAACGAAUUAACUAUAAACUAAUACUUGAAAUUGUGAUUUUUGAGUUUUUAACUUA